AUGGUCAAUACCACCUUGGUGACUGGUUUCCUACUCUUGGGGUUUUCCAAGGACCCUGAACUACAAAUAUUUUGUGGAGUGCUCUUCCUGCUGAUGUACCUGGUGGCCCUGAUGAGUAACCUUCUCAUUGUCACUGUCCUUAGCCUGGAUGCACAGCUCCAAGCUCCCAUGUACUUCUUUCUGAAGAACUUAUCCUUACUGGAUGUCUCCCUGGUGUCUGUCCCAAUGCCAAAGUUCAUCCUCAACAGUCUGACUCACAACAAUUCCAUUUCCCUUCCAGGGUGUGCCUUCCAGCUCCUUUUAAUGACAUGCUUCUCAGCAAGUGAGAUAUUUAUCCUAACUGCCAUGUCCUAUGACCGCUAUGUGGCCAUCUGCUGUCCACUGCACUAUGAGGCCAUUGUUAAUGGCCACGUCUGCAUGCUGAUGGCAGGAGCUUCCUGGGCUGUGGGGGGGCUCUUUGGGGCCAUGUACACUGCUGGCAUGUUUUCUGGGCCCUUUUGUGGGUCCAGUGUAAUCCCAGAGUUUUUCUGCAACAUUCCCUCCUUACUCAAGAUUUCCUGCUCUGACACACUCCUGGCGGUCUCUCCCAGCCUGGGAAUUGGGAUUGGUCUGAGCCUGUCCUGUUUUGUCUGCAUUAUUUUCUCUUAUGUUCACAUUCUCUCCACUGUGCUAAGGAUUCCAACCAGGAAAAGACAGUCUAAAGCUUUCUCCACGUGCCUACCUCAUCUUGUUGUCUUUACUGCUUAUACUCUAAGUGCAUUCAUGGUUUACCUAAGGCCACCUGCAGAUUCACCCCCUUUUAUUGACAGGCUGCCUUCUGUGAUCCACACUGCGCUGCCUCCGAUCCUGAAUCCUGUCAUCUACACCCUGAGGAAUGGUGACAUGAAACGGGGUCUGAGGAGGAUGCAAAAAUCCAUCUGUGCAUUCACCCACUUGGCAGAUGAAUGGAAAGAUGUGUACAAGAGCUCUAAAGCAGCAACUUGCAAGUUUUAG